CUGAGCACCGCGGGUCCCUGGCCUGCCUCCGUGCAUUUGCACACGCCCUUCCCCCGCCUGGCCCACUCCCCAAACUCCUGCUCCCUCUCCGGUGUCCAGCAGCCACCAACCUCAGCUGCCCACCACAUCCCUCGGAGCAGUCGCUCACUCGCCCGGCGCCUGCAGCCCUGGGGGGCGGGGGGGCUCCUAGACUGCCUUGUCCUGCCCUGCCGCCGUGUUUACUUGUUCACGUCCCGCCGCGCUUCCCUGUGGGUCCCUCUGGGUCCCUCAGCCGGGUGCUGGCACUGUCCAGCACAGAGCCUGCAGAUGUUUCCAAAUGCAUCGCAGCCACUCAGCUAAACUGUGCGCACGGACAGGCGGGGGAUCGGCCCAGCCCUGCCCUCAAGAACUCCGGGCUGUCCUGGAGGAUCCCCCCCAGACUCACCACACCCCCACUCAGACACACCAGCCUGGCCUCCCUGAUGGGGCAGGGGUGCUGGGAGGGGGGCAGAGUCCUAAAGUGGCAGAGGACAGGGAGGAGGAAGUUGCUUGAAAGCCUGGUGAGGGGAGAGAGCAGUAGCCCAGGCGAGGGAAGGGGCACAGCUGGGCUACAGGGGGCAGUGUCUGGUCACUGGGCACAGCUCUGUGGUUGCCUCCCCCAUCUCCCGGGGGAACGAACCUCUGUUCGACCCAUCACGCCAGCAGCAGCCACAGGGAGACAGGACCCUGGAGAGCAGAGGGGCCCCCCCCACACGCUGUGUCUAAGGCAACUCCUGCCCAGCCAUCCCCACCCCCAACCCCGCUCUCACCUCUCGAAGAAUGUCCACAAGGCACCUCCACCUACCCAGCACAAACCACUGCCUGCAAAGCCUGGCUCUGCCUCCCUAACACCCGGGGCAAGGGACUCCCCAGUCCAGGCCUCCGUUUCCUCACCUGUUAAGGGGGCAUCACCCCCGCCCCACUGGAGCGUGGCAACGAGGAAAGAGGUUACUGAAGAUAAAAAAGCAUGUUGGGACUUCCCUGGAGGUCCAGUGGUUAGGACUCUGCCCGUUCGCUGCUGAGGCUGGGUUUAAUCCCUGGUUGGGGAACUAAGAUCCCACAAUCCGCGUGUUGGAGUCAAAAAAAGAGAAGCAUGUACGCUGAGCACGGCUCCUGGCGAGCCUGGAAUGCGCGUGUCGUCGUUAUUUUAUGUGAAGCAUCUGGAGCAGCUGGCAAAUGGGCCAGCUGGCGCCACCGUUGCUGAGCACCGGGCUCUGGGCUCAGGGGACUCCUCCUGACAAGCACGAGAGGCAGGCACGGACGCCGGCCUGCUCAGCCACGAGGAAGCCGGGGCUCAGAGAGGUGAAGUCACCCGCCCGAGCUCACACGGCUGGGCCCUGGAGGAGCUGGCACCUGAACCUGGGGUGCAUCUUCUCUGGGCCUGGACUCCAAAUCCAUAUCCUAGCUUCCCUCCCUCCCACAGCCAGGCCCCCCGCCGCCAUGAACCAGCACUACACCAUCCACUUCGCCAAGGGUGCCCUGCCCCCCCGGACGCCCACCAAGCGCUACUGCUCGGACAGGGAAUUGGGGCACCAAAAAGAUAUCCUGACAGAGGAUGACGUCUACUGCAGCUGCCUGGCCAAGACUCUCUGCCACGUGCCUGUCCCUGUGACCGUGGGUUUCUACGCCCCCUUUGGCUGCCGCCUGCACAUGAUGCUGGACAAGAUCAUGGCGCUGAUGCAGCAGGAGGCGACCCAGAGGGAGGCCGAGGAGCUGCGGCACGUGCAGUGGCAGCUGAGGCCCGUACGGGGCUGGGGCUUCUCGAAGCUGCUGUGGUACCUGGUGUUCCUGCAGCCCAUCAUCACCGAGUUGCAUCUGCGGCGCAAGAACGUCAAAUUCCUCUUCAUCCGUUUCAGCGCCUGGCAGUACGCAGGCAGUGACAAGCUGUGGGCCGGCCUGGUGGCCACUCUGUGCGAGGGCAUCCGCCAGCAAUACGGCGCACUGCCCUUCAGCUUGUACUCGGUGCUGGGCAGGAAAGCGGCCACGAGGCUGGACUACCGCCAUCGCGAGUGGCACUGCCGGAGCCGAGUGUGCCUGGCAAUGCUGGGGCUGCUGGCGGCGUUCAGCCUGGGCAUGAGCCUGCUCUACCUGUCGAUGAGCUCCCACGUACUGGGCCACGGCAACAUGUUCCGGGCAUUCGGCGGCGCGGCCACCACGCUUUCGAGCUCCGGGCUGCUCAUGGCCUUGUUCUCGCUGGGCAAGCACUUGUUCGUGAGCCAGCGCAAGAGAAUUGAGCGGCUGGUGUCGCAGGAGAGGUUCAGCAGCCAUCUGGGAUUCAUGUGCGAGGUGAAGAAGGAGGUGGGGCUGCUCACCGACUUCCUGUGCUUCCUGGAGAUCUACCAGCGGCGCCGGCUGCGCGUCGUGCUCGAGAUCACAGGGCUGGACACGUGCUACCCGGAGCGCGUGGUGGGCGUGCUCAAUGCCAUCAACACGCUGCUGUCCGACAGCCACGCGCCCUUCAUCUUCAUCCUGGUGGUGGACCCCAGCAUCCUGGCCGCGUGCCUCGAGAGCGCCGGCUCCAUGAAGGGCACGGCCGACAACGGUUACCUCUUCCUCAACCGCACCGUCACGCUACCCUUCUCCGUGCCCAUCAUGGGCCGCCGCACCAAACUGCAGUUCCUGCACGAUGCGGUGCGAAGCCGCGACGACCUGCUCUAUCGCGAGAUGACGCUCAACGUGAGGUCGCGGGGCGGGACCGGGGGCGGGGCGGGGGCCGGGGGCGAGGCGGGGGCGGGGGGCGGAGACGUCGCGCCUCUCCUGGAGAUGGAGGGGCCGGCCCGGGCCGAGAGCGCGCAAAGCCUCCUGGAAGUAAAGGCGGCGCGCAGCAUCCAGGAGGCGCUCUGUUGCCUGCACGACGAGUACGACUGCCUCAUCGAUUACGUGCCCGACAACGUGGUGUCCAUGCGGCGCAUCGUCAACACCGUGCCCAUCACCGUGCGCCUGCUGCAACGGCAGCAGGGGGACUUUGAGGGCCUCUCGCCGCGCCAGGCCGUGGCUUGGGUCGUGCUCGCCAACCAGUGGCCGUGCCGUCUCAGCUGGGCCCUGCAGUGCCUGGAGGACCAGCAGCAGGCAGGGAGCGCGCCCGAAGCCUACGCGCCCCUCUGGGACGUGUUCUGCGACCACAGCCUCGAGCUGCACACCCUGACCGCGACGCUGCAGAAGGUGCUCGACCUGGACGGCGACCCCGAGCUUUUCCGGCGCUUCCUGGGCGCUGACUUCCCCUUCACCGUGGCCGAGGCGCAGAGCCUCUUGCGCUGUACGGUUAACCUGGACCACUCCAUACGCCACCGCAUGGGCCUCAUCCGGGCCGUCAGCACGCUCAAGACGCCCCGCCCGCCCGAGUCCCCUGCCCGCAAAGACCCGCACGCCGCCAGCGGAGCCAACCACGCCCCCGGGGCGGCCUGGGCAGGCCAGGCUCCUGCGCGUGUCUGCGAAGCCCACCAACCCCAGGACGGGGGCAAGUCCAGACCCAUGGCCUGAGUGCCCUUCACUUGGGGUCAGUCUAGCCCAGGUGGGCCUUGAAUGGAAGACCUUGGGCGCAGCAGAGGGCAACACUUCCUUCUGCCCAGAUGAGGGUGUAGGGGGCCUAACUGGGUCCAAGUCCCAGGGUCCAGUGUCCGGAAUGAGGCCUGUGGUGGCCACAUUCCCCAGGUGAAUCUGUGAGCCAGAGAGAACUGUUGGCAGUAGCCACCAGGAGUGGGGCAGUGUAUCAGUGACAGCAUCUGAGAGCCCGGGCAGAAGGACCCAUGAGGAACUCGGGGUUCAAGUGCAAUAAAUGAAGAUGUAAAAACCCCAGAUUGGUCUUCAUGCCCCAGUCUUCCCAGCUCAGUGAGGACUGGCCACCAGACCUGCCCUGUUCUGCCAAGCCCACUUCAUCCCCAGGGAGUCGGGCAGCCUCAGCUGGCAGCCCGCUCCCUGGCAUCCCAGAUGCGGGAGUGGCUGUGGGGGAAGCGGGCGAGGCUGCGGAGUCAGGGGAGAUGAAGGACAGAGGGGUGCGCCCAGCUGACUCAGUGGAGCGCACCCAGGCCUCAGGGGAUCCAGGCCCUUGUCCCCACAUCCGAGCUUGCCCCUCUGUGGGCGGGGCAGGAGCUGGCAUUUCUGAGGGUGGUGUCCCCAGUGACCUCAGCAGGCUACUGCACUCGGGGUGGCUCCUCCCCUGGCAUAAUGGGUUAAUUAGGCCUCGACAGCACCCCAGUCAGCUGGGGCCGGCAGCGCCGCCUCCACCAGACGAGUGAUUGUCCAGGGGGUACCUGCCUUACGGGUCACUCCAGGGCCACCCAAGGAGCCCCUCGAUGAGGACAGGGAAGUUGAGGAGCAUAUGAAGCCCUGGCAGUCCUGGCAUGGCUGAGCUAGCGGCACCAUCCUGGGCGUGCUGAGAGAUGUUUUCCAACAGCAGAGGGAGAGCCUGCCCAAGAAUGAAGCCACCACAGAGAUGCACGGGUCCUCAUGACGCUGUUAGACCGACGUCUCUGUAGACGUGCUACUGGAGACAACGUACAUCGCUUCCCGCAGCUCCCUCAGCCAACUUGACUUGGGCUUCUGUUUCUUACCACCCAGAGUCCAGGCUGGAAACAAACUGGCCCCAGCAGUGUUGGGCUGUUGGGGAGGCAGGACUAACCCUUAGAUUUGGCUGGCGGUCAGGAGCAGGACUGAGGACACCCCCGGGCCCCAGGAGGAGGCUGUGCGCCAUUACAUGAUGCCGAGCAGUGGUCAGACUGGUGCCCGAUUUAUCUUAGACUCUGACCGUGUGCCUGCCAAAGCUAGAGCUUUGGGAGACAAAGAAACAAAGAUGGCUCCCUGUCCCCCGGCAUUCAUGGGCCCCUACAGUGUGGGGCUUUUGCUGGGGACUUGCACCUAGAAGGGAGUGGAAGUGACGUGUGUCCGUUUCCCACUGAAGCAACGAGUUGAGAGGCAGGUUUGCCGUCUCCACUCUCCUCCCCCACCUGCCUGCUGGAUGCAGGGUCUCCUGAGGCCCUAGGGGAUGGCAGAGCCACCAGAGGGCGCGGGGGCCUGGCUUCAGGAGUCACUUCGUGGAGAGAAGGUGCCUGUCACCCAGAACACCCACAUGCAGGAAAACAAACAUCUCCCAUGUUAGGGCAUCGAGAUCUAAGAUGUGGUACAGCGUCUAGCUUGGGCGAUACCUGGAUGGCUGAAGGCAAAGGUAAGAAAAUACUCGGCCGAAGGGAUCUAACUCCAUGAUCCAAGACCCCUAAAAGGUCGGAAAAUCAGAGCAUUGCAGAAUUGGUCUAUUAGUCUCCUGGGGCUGCUGUAACAAAGUUCCACAAACUGGGCAGCUUGGAACAACAGAAAUUUAUUUUCUCACAGCUCUGGAAGUCAGAAGUCCAAAAUCAAGGAGUUGUCAGGGCCACACGCCCGCGGAAACCCAUAAGGGAACCCUUUCUUGCCUCUUCCAGCUUCCGGUGCUUUGCUGGCGUCUUUGGCGUCCUUGGCGUCCUUGACUUGGGGUUGCAUCAUAAGCCCUCCAUCCUCCCAAGGUCUUCUGUGUUCUCACGUCUUUCCUUUGAGCAUAUCUGUUCUGUCACUGUCUCCAAAUUCCCCCUUUUCAUACUGGAUUGGGGUACUCUAUAACCUCAUUUUUAACUUGAUUACCUCGAUAAAGACACUAUUUCCAAAGAAAAGUCCCAUCCUGCAGUACUGAGGAUUAGGACUUCACAUAUCUUUGGUGGGUGGGGAGGUGGGCACAAUUCAACCCUGAACGAACAGUGGAAAAGGCCGAAUUCCUCACCACAAGCUAGAGUGAAGGGCGGGGACAAGGCUGGGAACAGGACCCCAGGCCCUCCCAGGCACCACAGGAUGGGGAGGCACCCUCCCCGCCCCUCCCUUCAGCCAUCUGUUGAUCACCUGGCCUGCAGGUGGAGGCAGAGAGCAAAGGGGAUGGGCAAGCAACCAACACCGCCAUAAGGGCCAAAAGCCCCCACCUGGGUCGAUUCCUGAGCAAUGGCUAGAUGCGACCAAAGGCCUACCGAGAUUCUUAGGGGACUGUACUGACAGACCCCAACCUGGCAAAGGACUGCGGUUUCUCAGCAUCUUGAAGCAAACCUCGCACUCCCCAGUCUCCCCAAGAAGACUUGGGCAGGAGGCAGGGCACCCUGGAGGGGCUCAUUCCACACCCACCUCACACCCGAGCACAGCUGCGCCAGCCGGAGGAUGACACUGUGCGGGUGUCUCCCUGGCUGCCAGCGGGGCGGGUGCCACUGGCUGA